UGUUCUGUCAGUGCUCCGCGAACCAUCGACGAGUGCGCGUCGUGUUUGUGUUUGUCCCUCAUUGCUCUUGCUUGUGUUGAUUUUCCUCGUUCUCGAUGAACGCUAACGUUGUUCGAUGAUCGUAAACAUUACCGAUCGUCGAUCCACGGUCAUGAUUCAUUGCCGUUGGACCGAUUGAACUUCGUCAAAACGUUUCGACGAAGUUCCGAACGAUCACCGGUUAACACAACCGUCGUGUUGGUUAUUGCGCAGCCAGCGUCCGUCGCGUACGCCGGUAAAGUGUUAUUUUUUUCGAGAGAGAUGCGAUCGUUCGUACGUAGGUGUAUCGAGAUUACGCAGGAGCAGGGAAUUUACGCCGCGAAGCGGCAACUACAAUCUCGUUGAAACGGCGUGACGACGAUUGUAGCAGCGUUAUAUACUCGUCUCGCGUAUACCGUUGAAACGCGAGUGGGUGGUAGCGGAAAAGUGGCGAGGGAGGCGGCAUGAGCGCGAGAGAAGUCACCCUACUUGGCGGCUCCCCUUGGGGAUUCCGUAUGCACGGUGGACACGACCUGCAUCAACCGCUACGCAUCUCUAGGGUUAAUCCAGGCAGCAAAGCGGCCCAACAGGGGGUGAGAGAGGGUGAUUUAAUUAGCAGCAUAAAUGGAAGAAGUACCCGAGAUUUAACGAACAGCGAGGCACAUGCACUCUUACGAAAUGCUGGGGAGCAUUUGAAGCUUGGUUUGAAUCUGGAAAACAUUGGCUCGCCCAAAAGACGAAUUUACAAAAGUAGUUUGCAAGAAAAUACUACCACCGAGAUUCUCAAUAAGACGACAACGAAAACCACAAGUACAUCGAAUACACGGGUUAUAACGUCAGAAACGAAGAAAAACGAAUUAAAUGACACAAAACCCGAUCGAAGCUACGCCAAUCAAAACGGUGGUCCGAAGAGCUCCUUGAUUGACAAACGAGACGAAGCUAAAACAAGAUUUCGCGAAUCGUUGGACUACGCGACAGAUUGCGAAGAAAUUACCAUGCCACACGGUGCGCGGAAUCGCAGAAAUCGCAGGGGUCGAAACAGAAGGCGUUUUCAGCCGCAUCCGAGCCCAGAGAAAACUUCCAAAGACGACGAAAGCACCGUAGAGAAUCCAGAUGACGCCAGAACUCUUGAUGAUCCCGCGAGUAUAAGCACGAACGACUCCUACGUGGAGAAUAUACAUUAUAACGAACCGCAACAAGCAGCUGAACCUGCAACAAAAGACACUGAAACGAUUCUGCAAGAAGAAAUCUCCAAGACCAGUAGAUAUACGAGGGAAGAGAGAUACAAGAUCGAAAAGGGUACCGUGGAACCAAGCAUCAAGGUGGUGGAGAUAACAACGAUCAGCAGUCUGCCUUUGGAGGCUAAAAUUGACCACAUUGCUGGAGUUGGUAUCCUAGAAACAGGUCGCAGAGACAGGAACCCGGAAGACCAGUCGAACGUCACUGUUUCUGAGCCUAUAGAAUCAUUUCCUUGUUCAUCGAACGGUCAGAAGCUUCAGGAAUCAUCUGGGAACAGUGAACGACUGCAGAUUCACGAUGUCAGUGACUGCGACGUCGAAACUGAUUCCGCGAAACCAGUGAUCGUCGAGAUGGAAUCAGACACGGAAAGGGAAACCGAAGGCAAACACGGUUGGGACACCGUGAUGCCGCGAGAUGUGGAGAGAAAAUUAAGGACAUUUAUCGAGGGACUGAAAUUGCCGACGUAUCCCGAAGACGUCGAGGAGACGCGUAAACCGGCGGAAAAGGUUGCCAAUUAUUCCUCCAAGAAGAUUAGGAAAAGAAACGUCACUUUGGAGUCCCAUCAUGUGCGGGCUGCAAGCAGAUUUUUGGAUAUCAUUCAGGAGGAGGGAGAGAAAUUGUCGGAGGACGAAGAGCAGCAUAUCAGGGAUUUUAUUAAUGAAGAAAUUGGGAAGUAUCGGAGGGACGAACGGAAUUUCGAUCGAAGGAAGUGGAGCAAAGAGAUUGAGGGAAAGGUGGCGAGAGAACACAACGUGAAGAUAAAUGUGAUUAAUGUAGAUUCGGAUGAAGAAGAGGUAUGUUUGAAGAACGAUGAAGGUGAAAAUGUAGAAACGAACGAAAGUUCCUCAAAUGAAGAGAAAUUGACGAAGAAUGUUUUAAAAGAUGAAUUGGAGGAGAAAAAUAUAAAAGUUGGUGUCUGUAUAGAAAAUGGUACUUUGAGUGAGGGGAAUGUAGAAAGAGACGUCAUAAAAGAAGACUUCAGUAAUGGAGAUCCAUCUGAAGAGGAGGAAAAUGAACCAUCCAAAUUGCACAGCGAUGAUGCAGUAGAUGCUGAAGAGAAAAGGAACGAUGGAACAUUGUACAGUUAUAGCAAAGAAGAAAAUAAGGUUGUCGACAACGAGGUAGAUGUUAAUGUAGAAGUAUUAUCAAAGGAAGAGUCAGAUGAGAUAGAUUCACUUAAACGCACUGAAGAAGAACAGUCACAGUUUUCUAACGACAGUUUAGAUGAUAAAUCUGAAGCAGCUGAGUGUUCAGAAUUAGAUAAUAACGAUGGAACCUCGAUGAGGAAUACAGAAAAUUCGAACAAAGAAUCAGAAGAUGCAGACUCACAUUUUUCUAAGAAUAAUGAAGAUGAUGCUUUAAACGUCAGAAAAUCUGAAAUAGUGGAAUGUUCAGAAAUGACUGCUUCGAACGAAAAAUUAGAUAACGACAACGAAACCUUAAUUAAGAAUGUAGAAGAUUCUAACAAAGAAUCAGAAGAUGUAGAUUCAAUUGAGCACUCGAAUAAUACUUUAGACAAUAAUUCAACAGUUGAAGGCUUACAAAAUGUGGCAAAAGAAUCGAAAGUGGACGAAAGUCAAGAAAUUCUUCAAAGUAAUUCUAAAAAUGAGACAUUGACUGAAAAGUCCACAAAAGAUGAAAUAAAUAAACCACCAGAAAACGGAACGAAUACGAAUCAAGAUCCAUGUACCAUGAAUAAUACUUCGGAAUCAGUAAUAAAGGAGUCUUCGUUCAUGAUAAAAUCUUCAGAGGAGAGCACACACUCAAGAAGCCAAACAGUUACUGUGAUAAAGGAACAACGACGUCCUCCAACUCCUCCAAAACGAUCCUCCAGUCUCGUGGAGGUCGAUUUUCAAGAAAAAGCAAACCCUCAACUUCACGUAAAGGAAACAAGUCCACCUAUUCGUCCGCCUCUUCCAAAAGAGAAUCUCCAUCCACUUGAAUCAGGUUCAUCAGAAACAUCGUCGAAUAAAAAUGAUCCUUCACCGACGACUGUUUCACGCAACGACGCAGUUAUGCGAAACACUUGCGACAUUUCGAAUGCAGCAGAGAAAAUCCAUGAGAUCAUCGAUGAUCUAAGGGCCUGCUCGAGCGACAGCGCUACCGAAUUACGAAAUUCAAUCGAGAACGGCGCCAAGCUUGGCAGUGCAACAAGUCCUGAAAUAACGCGUGACUGGGAAAAAUGUUCAGUGCCCGAGAACGAACCGCUCGUGCCUGGUAAAUCGAAAGCUUCUCACUCGAAGCUGGAACACACCCGACAGAGGAUCGUGAAAAACGAAACAAAGAUUGAAAAAUCGUCGAAGAAGUCGACGGCAUCGAAAAGCUGCGAGGAGGAGUUCGAGGAGAUAUAUGAGAAUUACUCGAUGGAGAACACUGAAACAAAAGCAAUCGUUCGCGAAGAUGAAAGCGAUAAGAGUCGUUCAGACAUACUGGAGUCUAUUCUGAAUGAUAAACGAGUACCACUCGAGCAGACGAAUGACCUGCAGGGUCAGGACUCGUCCAGCAGCGCUACCACUUUGAGUACAGUGAAGUACAAUCCCAUGGAAGCAUGGCAGACUGAUAUUUGCUCCAUAAUAACGGAAGAAGCGAGGAAAAGUAAAUUGAAACGCGAAACUGAAGUGGAGUCGUGUAGCCUGAAGAGUAAAUUACCUUUGCUGAAAGGAGAGGAAUUGUACGAGGCUACGAAUGGACGCGAAGGUCCAGUCACUCCGGAACCUAUACCUUAUUCUCCAGUCGAGAAUUUACCUUAUAAACUCGUAGGAAGUAGCGAUAGUAGUAAAAAUCAGUUACUGAACGGAACAGUUGAGCCAGAGCCUUUGAAAGACCUUUGCGUUAAGAGAAUCCUAUCGAUGCCAUACGGGCCGCAAAUAAUCAACGAGUUAAUGCUGCCCAAGUUUAACAUCUUCAAAAGUCUUCGGCCGAUUUCAAGGUUUGCUAACGACGAUGCUAGAGGCCCUUUAGGCAUGCAUGGAGUGAAUGAGCAGCAGCUCGAAACAGCUAGACUAACAGCUUCGCCAGGGCUGAUGCCCCCUGAUCCCUGUAAAACCCCUGUUUCAGACCGGAAUAAGUAUCUGCAAUUAGAACAAAAGGAACGCGCGAUGGAGAUACCGGAAACGUGGGUAGGCUUGUCGACUACGAGGGAUCCUAGACUGCUCCUCUGUCUCUCUCCUUCUCAACAGAGGACCACGAUAAAAACGAGCGCGGACAAUUUGCUGGACCUCCAUAGAAAGUUCCUCAACAGACACACUUACUACGAAGAGGAACCACCAUCUUGCGUCCCAGUUCCAAGGUACAAGAUUGAUCUACGUAAACCUGAUUCGAAUCCCUUUAAAUCCGAAGACGCUCAGAGCAAGUCGACCAAGAGACUCCUGGAGAUCAUCAAAGAGAACUCUGAUAGCUGUCCUAUUCACAGUCAGGUGAAUUCGGGACAGUCGAAGUUGUCUUCCGAAUGGUCGAGUCCGGACAAAGGUCACGAGCGCUUUAAGGUCACUCGCCUUUGCGACUGGCUGAACUUGGCCAGACAAGAGCCGAUUGACAUCCGAGCGCCAUCUCUCGCCGACGAUUUACUCGCGGAAUCGUCGGCCGACGGGAAACGAGCCGAUAAGAGAAGAAUCGAAAUUGUUGUCGAAGAGCCAGUAGUUGACAGCGCCGGGGAGCAUGAACAUCGCGUUAACACCGCUCUAAUGGUGAACCCGGUGGAAAGGCCUGACCCUCCUGCCAGAAGCUCGACGCCUUUCAACAGAAGUCCAAUUACCCUGAACAGCGCUCUUAUCGACAAGUCAGGUGCGCCCGAAAUUGCCGGGAAGCGAACACCUCCUAAGAGAACCAUCGACCCGCGCUAUAACGUUAAUCCUGCCCUCAUAGACGAUAGGGUCGAGGUACCGCCACGAAUUAAACGCGUGGUGAACGUGGAUAGGUCGUGCAUCGAUACCACGAGCAUCUUCGAUCAAAGCCCGGCUAGAAGCAGCCUGGAGCCCCGGAAAUACGGAAACGCUGAGGGCCUCAAGCAUACGACGGCCACGGAGAUCGUGCAGAAUCUGAAGAAGUUCCAGACCGAAAGAGACGAUCAAACGGAGGGUCAUUCGAAGUGUCCCAUGCCCGAAGAGUACCUUGCACAGCAAUUAAGGUACAUAGAAUUGUUGGAGAACCAGCUGAAGAAUGUGAUCCUGGCUGAAGAGGAGGAGAAGGAGGCGUUUGAGAAAUUUCAAACGCACGUGAAGCAAAAGUCACAGGGGAAAGAGGAAUCUUUGAAGGGAACCAGUGAUAAAGAGGACGUUUCAAAGGAUUCGAAGGAUGAUUCUCGAGUGGAGAGCCAGAGCUGGCAGGAGAAGUCCGAGCAAGUGGAGAAUGAUCACUCGGAGAAGAUUAACAAACAGGGACACAGGGACUUUGUGAAGAAGGUGCAGAUCAAAAACGGUGUCCACGAAGAGGAGUCUUGCGAGAAAAUCGAACGCGUCGAGCAUUCUGUAAUCACUAAGAAGGAGAACAAAGAUGAUCGUACGGAGAAGAUGAAGACGGAUAUACCGAAAGCAUCAGCGGUGGUGGUUAACGGCGAGGCGUUUCGUCAGCGAAUGUACGACGAGUACGUGCACAAGGUUUUGGAACGUGAAGAGAGGAAACAGCACAAAGUAGUGAAGAUCAGCUCGCGUCAAGAUAUCCAGAAAUCGAAUAAUAAAUUGGGAAAGAGCGGCAUGUGCUCCGUUGAAAAGGAAUUCAUCGAGAAGGCGAGGAACAGAUUGAAUAAGUUCGGUAUUAAGCUGGACGAGAGCGAGUCGGAGAGCGAUGGGAAGCGUGACCAGGAGAAUAUUGUCGAGGCAAAGUGUUUGAUUGACGGGAAAGAGCUCGAGGACGCGAGAAAAUUGCCCAAGCAUUUGCAAGAGUUCCUCAAAAUACCUUCAUCUUUUCAAAGGAUAAGUUAUGGCUUAAUCGCAAAGGAAAAUGACAAUGGGUACGAUCUGCUGCACGAGAUUGACAGUGCUUUGAAAUUUGGCAAAGGAUUUCUGUUUGGGAAAGAGAACGUUAUGUUCGCUCCCACGUUUAAAGCUUCGUCUGCAACACCAGGUGUUUGGUCACCUGGAAGCGAGCCACCUCCACCCCUAAAGGAACCAAGUCCCGAACGAAAAGAAUCUCAGAAGGAUGGUGGAAUACCUCCUGUCUGGACACCUUCCAGCGCUGGUGCCAGUCCCGUGCCUGAAAAGAAGGAAUUUCGGCCAGUGCAAUUCGAAAGCCCGAUUCUAAGCCGAAAAAAGCCAGCACAGCAGGAAUUUUCUCAGACCGCCCAGAAGGCUCCACCGCCUUGGCAAGCGGAAAAAGAAGAAAAGGAAACGAUUCGAAGUGCAGUUUAUGAAAGUUCGCGAAUUGUUAAUUCGCACUCGGCUCCAUCGCAAGGACUAAAUUCAUUAGCUUCGACGCCUCGUCUGCCACGUGCUCAGAAUCCAACUAUAACGCUACUGCAGAAAGCAAGAGAAGGGCAAAUCCCCAAAGGAGCUGCUUAUCUGGAGGAAAAUGAAAUAGUGAAACGUUCAACGAACGAAGAAAAGCCACUCGUUAGUCCAGGUGAAAUAAUCUACACGGUGAAGAAAGAAUACGAGAGCGAGCCGGAAACGGAUAAAGAACCGCCGAAGAAGAUGGCCGAUUUAGGUCCUCGAAAAUUCGAGGGUAUUGGCCCAACAACUAAGGAGGGUAUCCCUCUUGUAUUAAGAUCGGAAGUCAAGGAGAAUAAUCAAACGAAAUGGUAUAAGAGAAUGUACGACUCGUUGCAUCGUGCAGACAGACCCGAUGACUACGUAACCAUUCGUUACAAACAAAGAAGAGGGACGAGAUACGGUUACGGAAGUAGCAGUGGAUAUCUGAGCGAACCGGAACAUCGUUUGUACACAGAACGUUCUGCCACCUUUGACAAUCGACGACGUCUACGAAACAAAGAAAAUGAUUUCUCUACGUCAACUAUGCCUAGAAAAAAUGGACCACUGAAGUACACUCCAGAUAUUUACAAGAAUCAACCUGGACGCAUCGAGGACUACGAACCUGGACGAUCAUCCAUUUCUGAAAAGGAAGCUAAGGAGUGGUGGGACGAGGUCAUGGACAUAUUCGAUGGGUGGUUGAACGAGAAUGGACAUCCUCAGGGUACGGAGAUGGAGGAGCUUCUGGACGCUCGGCUGAGCCAUCGGGCUCUGAGCCUCUCCUACCGACCGGAGAGCAGUCACAACCCUUUCGAUCAACGCAACAGUCGUCCAGCAAAACCUUAUAUGUCCCAUGCUCUCAAAGAAUCUGGCUAUGAAAGUGAUUCCACACUAGUAUUUCGUCGCAAAGAAGACAUCAGUCCAUUGAGUCAAUUAGAGCAACGUUUAGCUUAUAAAACUGUGCAAAGUGGUGGUGACGUACCUCUUCAUGGACUUCGUAAGCCAGCCCCUGAACGACCAAAGGACGACUCGGGCGUCGAGUACUUUCCUAUCUCGCCCACUUUGACGCGGAUCCGUGUGCAUCGGAAAACCACUUCUUCAGCGACGCCUGUGUCCUCGCGAUACAAGCAAACAUCCAGCAACCAGAGUUCAAAGAUCAAGAAAAUGAACGCACAGUCCACAGUCACAAAUUCGAAUUCUUCCAGAGACACGACAAACGCUCGUAGCAGAACAUUUUCAAGGCCACCCUCGCCACCUCGAAGACAAUCUUCUCGAAACAGCAAGACUUUGAAAUUGUAUACCAGAAGACAAAUUACAGACGUCACGCAGUCUCUGAAGUCGAGGCACAAACAAUGCUUCAGUGCUGAUGCGUCCAAUUUUGGUUCACACAGAGAACGACUGUGUAGUAACCUGGAUAGAUACAAGCGAAGUCGGGAAAACUUUCAGAAUUUAGAUACCACAGUGUCCUGUAGGUUGAGCAGGAAGAAGUUCGAGUCUUAUCCUUCUCAAAGUUCACUGGAGACAGGUGCGGAGAAGAGAACUCGGACAGUGGUCAGUAAAGAACGUCCCCCAGACGAUAAAUCGGUUCAUUCCGCGAGGAUGAUCCCCAAACAGCUUUCAAAAUCGCAAAAUUGUAACGGAGUUUGUUCAUCAAUGUCCAGUGUAAAAAAGGAUAGCGUGAAAACGCGGCUGACGAGAAGAGAACAGGAGCAAUCGACGAGGAGACUCGUCAAAUCAUCAGCUGAGUUACGUUUAGAGAAGUGCAGGGAUAAAAGUGAAAGAAACGUGGAAAUGGGAACUUUUCCUUCUCAAAGUGUUGUUAAACAUUCAGCUAGCGUUUGUUCUUCGAAUUUGAUUAAUGGAAGACAGAAGAAUUUGGAUAAGUCUCUGAAGACGAUUAAGUCUUCUUCUCAGAAGUCUCCUAUAAGCUCUUCUACUUCCAAGAUUGUAUUCACAGAUAUUAAGAAACCAAAAACGAUAGUCAAGCAACCGGAUAAAGUAGCCAAAGAGCGUAUACGUUCGCCAAUAUCUUCCUGCACAGCAGUUGUCCCUGACCGACCUAGAGGGAAGCCUUUAACUAUCGUCAAAUCGUCUAUACAGAAACCUCAAACGAUACAUGUGAAUCCUGCUUCGAAGAAGAAGAAAGUGGAAGUUAAAAGAGGGCCAAAAAAAAAUGUAGGAAUGGAAGCUUCUGAUAAGAGUAAUAUUGAAAAUGAAGACGAAAUUAAAAAACACCAAGAAGCUACUCGUUCAGACACUUUCUUCCAGAAUCUUUUCUUGAGAUCCAUCUCGUCUGCUGUCUCCAGCGAGAACGUUCCUUCGAGAAGGUCUAUCGUCUGCGAACGAGCAAGGAUAUAUCAAGAAAACAUCAAAGAAAGUAGUAAAUCCGAGCCAUCUUUGAAAUCCCUUAGCAUCUACUUAGCUCAUAAACGUCCAGUUUCGAAUUCAAAGUUCAAAAACUGGGAACGAGAGAGCGUAGCUUCCAGCAGGAGCUCGAGUCCUUACGGUGUUAGCUGGCCCGGUAGGUCUGUCUUUCAGAAAGUCCGAAAAUUCGAUAGUCUUUUAGGCAUAGAAGACCUGGAACCAGAAUUGACGAAGGAGCGUCUGAAGGAAAGAAGCUUGAGCGAGCCACCUUUGAAGACUCUGUCGGAAUAUUCAGACUCGAAGCGUUCUUCCCGAACGUCCUCACCAUCCCCAGUCAAAUCCCCAGCCAGUAGACUGAUACGAAGUUUGAGACAGGAUAGAACAGAUGUUCAUCACAUGAAGAAAGUUAGAGCCAGAAGCGCGAGCGAGGUGGACGGGCUGCAAGGAUCAAAAUUCGGGUCCAGUUUAUCCUUGACCAGAAGCACGAGUUCUGUUUGUAUGUCACCGGUUGAACGCGAAGAGUAUCGUCGAUACGUGUUAGAAAUGCUACACGAUAGAGGGAAGUCAACGAGGUACAAAGAACUGCACGAUUUCUAUUCCAGCCUGGAAAGAUUAGGCCAACUGGAGAGGACGUUUUCUUCUAACGAUUUGAGACCCAGGCUCAGGAACGAAGAAAUCGUGGAUUACGAUCGUUGGAAACAGGUGAGGUCUCAGGAGAGGAUUCAGACCGAGUUUAAUACGCUUUAUGGGAAACUGAAGGCAGUUCAGAAGGAUAAGGACCUUUUGUUCAGUACAAAGGAUACGAGCAAGUUCAAGUGGAACGGUGAUUGUGGUUUGAGGUGCAAGGAACGUUCAGUAGAGAACAUCAUACAGCAGUUUAGGAAGCUACAGACUGAGUCUUCUAAGAAGAUAGAGAUUUCGUCAAGAAAGGACACUUACAAACCGCUAUGGCGGGGUACAUCAGUGAUCAACAUGGCAAACACAAUUCAGAAAAAGGCAGAGGGCGAUCAGAACGAGAAGUCUUUGGAUAAUUUGGAUCAGCCGUUACUGCAGAGAAGUCUUGGUGGUAGUAAAAAAUUCUGGAGCAGCCUGUCGAUAGAACAGGUGGCUACCUUGAAGAAGCAACUGAACGAAAUCUAUGGUAGCGAGAAUUCACAGAAGUCUGAAGUGGAUCCACGACAGGAAAAGACCUCAGCUUCCCAUAAGAGUGAUUCCCUAUCUAAAUACGAAAUUGUGGUUCCCCCUCAAACGGAAUCAACCAGUGUACUCCAAGAUGAUGGAAAAGGCCUCCACGUGCGAUGUCAUUCAAUGAUCACCCCGGAUACAAGUUCAGUUUAUCAAAAACCACCUUCCAAUCGUUCAGAAUCGACAAGGAAGAGGAGUGGUUCCAUUAGUCGAGGGAAGAGUCUGGAGAGAUCCGAGUCUGCCCCGAUUUCUUCCUCAAUGAGCGAGCUGGAAAAGAAAAGGCUCUCCGUGACCCUAGGUAAGGAAGUUCUCGACAAAAUCUCCCAAAGAAGACUGUCAGUGCCGAGGGAAACUCGAGGUAGCAUAGCUGCAGCACUGGCAGCCAAGAAGAUUCCAAAACCGAUCACCUUUGACUCAUCAGCUGUAGCAGAGCCAUCAAAGACCAAAGACAAAAGCAACUAUUUGCUAAUCUUGACACCCAAUAACAAGACUCCAGCCGAUCGGCAACGAGUGGAGAACGUUUUGUCAGAUUGGUCAGAAAAAUCGCCACUCUUAGCGAUGACGCUUCCCGAAGAUGACACGCGAGCUAAAGUCGUGGCUGCUAAUUCAGGAAGCGAACGAGACAGCACCACGGGUAGCUCAGAAACGUCCGUGAAAACGGUCAUCCAGCGAGAUGUCAAGGAUACGCCAAAGAAGAACACCGACAAGCCGGAAGGUACUUCGCCUUGCAGGAAGAAAGGACGAUUGUCUUCUUCGCAGAGUUUUGCCGACCUGAGAGAGUUAUUCGGCGAAACAGAGACAGCUAGGUACGCGACCCUGCCCCUGUCAGGGUGCAGGACACGCUCGAUCUCACCCAGAGGAGCGUCCCUCCGCUCGUGCUCACGGGACCGUGAACACGACAGACCUCACAGCGUCAGUCCGUGUCGCGCUACCACUCGAUCCGAUUCGUCCUGCAGCCUCGAAAGCAUUUAUUUGCGGGGCUCUUCGCCAGACCCUGACAAGUACUGGCGCGCCUAUUUGAAACUGGUCAGAAACGGUACUGUCAAACGACUGAGGGCUAGGUUCGAAAGUGCGGAGGACUUGCGUAGCGGUGGUAGGUCCAAGUUGGUCCCGAGACCAAAGAGGUUCCAAAGCGACCCAGAGCUUGCGCGAAGUCUCCUGAAAAAGGUGGAGCAGGGUAAGGUGAAGGCUCACGAGUUCGCGGAUGUAGCCUGGCUGAGGCGGAAGUACGAGCCCAGGAGAGGAAGGGCUCGUCGGAGAGGCGAGUCACCGCCUAUUCCACGUGUUCCUCUUCGACGAGAAGACCUGGCCAUGCCUCACAUCGACGUCAUCAGCAAAACAGCUGAACUGAAGGACUCGACGGCUCAUGCUGUGACCAGUGCUGUAGCCAGGAAGGCAGAGACCAAGGAGCUGGAGGCAAAGAAGCCUGUCUGUCGUUUGAGGAAGAAAUUCGAAACAUUCGGCAUGCGGAAGACCUCGAUUCUGGGUGAAAUGUUCACCUCCUCUCCGGAUGUGCGUGAACUCCGUGACAUAGCCCCGUAUCUGGCGGGUCGCUGGGUGGCUCAUAGGUACCCCAGUCGAAGGGACAACAUGCGGUCUCUCUCUUCGCCCCCGGACCUAGCCGGGCAUCGGGUUUCCUCGAAAACUGACUCAGUUUCUAGUUCCAAAAAUGUGCAGAUCAGAGAUGGAAGUAAAGUGACGGGAAAAGUGUGCGCUUCUUCGAGAAAUUCAUCGUCUAUUUUGAAGCAGUCGGACGUUUUCACGAAUCAACAGUUUGAUCCUGAUAAACACAGACCGAGGUUCAGGUAUCAACCUCCUCCACCUCCUCCAUCGCUGUCCUCGACCACUGUUCGACGAAAAAACAACAGUUGGUGGUCACCGAUUCCCAUUUACACUGCUCGACCUACCGUCACUUUCGAAGAAUACUCGAACGCACCCCCGCCACCACCAAAAUCUCAACACUACAGAGACGACUGUCAAGAAUCACCGAGACGUUAUGUGGAGGGUGAGGUGACGAUUCACUAUCGUUCACCAGUGCGUACAGAGGCGAAAGAACCAUUGAGCGAAGAAGAGCUCGCUCGUCGAAGUGCUGAGAAUAUGCGACGCGUUUAUCAAGAGGAACGACGUCGCAAAUAUCUCCAAGAAUUGCACGACAUCGAUUCUCGAAGACACACCGAUAACUUUAUACCAUCUCAAAAAUCACCGAUUCCUCUAAAUCGGUACGAUGAUUUCGUCGACGACUUGAGCCACAGAAGCAGAUCUCAAGAGCAAACACCGGAACCGAGACUCGUGGCAAGAGCACUUUACAACUUUAUCGGGCAAUCUUCACGGGAAUUGAAUUUCCGUCGUGGGGACAUAAUAUUCGUGCGUCGCCAGGUAGACAAGAACUGGUACGAGGGAGAACAUAACGCGAUGAUCGGCUUGUUUCCAUCGAACUACGUUGAGAUUUUACCAUUUGAUGGCGUGCGAACGACACCAAAGAAACCCUACGAAGGUCAGGCACGAGCCAAAUUCAAUUUCAUUGCUCAAACAAACCUUGAGUUACCUUUAGCCAAAGGAGAACUUGUUGUUUUGACGAGAAGGGUCGAUGAAAAUUGGUACGAGGGUCGCAUUGGAAACAGAAAGGGGAUAUUUCCCAUCUCAUAUGUCGAAGUUAUUACAGAACCUGGGCAUAGAUCAGAAACGCCAACGCAAAGCAAACCAGUUGCCGCUCCAGCAGCACACAGUCUCUUGGUAAAUGGGUCGGCUGGAGGGAAAUUGAGUAUGGGACCCCAUCAUUACAUGCCAUCAAUACCAGUUAAUAUGAACACAACUCAGCCACACUACAAUUCACUGCCACGAAUGGGAGGAAGCAAGUUGCAUGUAUCUCAACUCAACGAAGCGUUGCAUAUCGAUACCCAAUCCGACCCAAUACCAUACCGGGCUCUAUACAACUAUAGACCCCAAAACGAGGACGAGCUCGAGCUAAAAGAAGGCGACACGGUAUACGUGAUGGAGAAAUGCGAUGACGGUUGGUAUGUCGGUUCUAGUCAGAGGACCGGAUACUUCGGCACCUUCCCCGGAAAUUAUGUGGAAAGAGUGUGAAACACAAUAAGCGGUAACUUUGUUACAACGCGUAUCGAACCACAGAUCACAUUUUACCAAAGCAUUGAAUCGAACUUUUAACAAUUUAACGGCCUCAUGUUUUACUUUUAGUCGUGUUCAAAAAGACCAAUCUACAGCUUAAGCCUUCCUUUACAAAAAUAGUGUGUUAAAAUAGAGUCGAGUAAAUGAAAACAGAAAAUGUUUCCAAAUAUAAUCUAUGGAUUUAUCUCUCUUUAUUUUAUUGAACUAAAUCUUUUACAUUGAACUUACUUAACUAUAGUGACAUACUGUACUUUAGUCCCAAUCAAAGGGAUUAAAACUAUCAGGUAUGUAGUUGAGUAGCAACCUAGAUGGCUGAAAGAAAUAAUUUGAACUUCAACGAUUGAUUGUUUAUAAACUCACGAAAUAAGUGACGUGGCCAUUAAAAUGUUAAUAUAAAUGGGAUUUAACGUUCACACAUCGACGAUAAGAGGCGUUAAUAACACGCGCCAUUAAAGUCUUCCUCUUCGUCAGUUUUCCACGCUGUGGUGAACCAUUUAACGCGAGACCUUCUACCGUCGGAAUUCACCAAAAAGUUUAACCUGUAAGAUUAAUGUGUAAGUAGUGUACGAUAACAAUUAGUAAUUUAUUGUACGAAGUUCACGGGAACGAGUGCGUCAGGCGGACGUUGCGAAAAUAAAGAAAAUACGAUUCAACCGUGUUUCUUAUCGAGAUUAACGUUCAAUCUCGUCUGUACGUUCUGCAGGCAGCUGUUAAGGAAUCACUCGUCGGAACGAGAAGAUUCUGGGAGUGUUUUAAUAAUAUUUCUGUGUAAUUUGUAAAAAGAAAGCGAGUAUACAUUUCGAAAAGUCUAUCUGGUUUCACUGGCAACGAACGAAGAUAUUCGUUUAUAAUUAUCCCUUUGAUCGAGCAAUAAUCAUAUCCGUAUUUCUGAAUUCAAAAUUUUAUGAUUUUUCUUAGCGAAAAUUUAUGAAUAAUUUAAGAAUAAUUUUUAGAGGAACAGUGUAAAAUUUAGAUAAUUAAAAUAAAAUUAAAAUUGGGGCUCCCUCCCUGGUCCGUUGCCCGGGGGUUAAAAUACUGAUUGAACUUUUUAGCGUAUCAAUCCAUUUACAAAAUAAAUGCAAGAUAGUAGAAUAAAAAAUUAUUUUAUGCGGCUUUAUUUUCGAGAAAAUCAAAUUCGAAUGUUUUUAGAACAUUUUUCAGAAAACUGCGGACAGUGAUUGAAUUAUCGCUCGAGCAACUGAAAUUACAUAUUUAUCAAUGGAAAUUACUGGGUUUAUAGUAUACGAGAGAUUCCUUUGAACCUUGAUCCUUUACGAAAUGUGCACAAACUUGAAUCAGGAAUGGACGAAUCAAGCGAACUUCAAUAAAUAAGUUUCAUCGACGUUAGAUAAAUAGAGAUCUGUAAACGAGCCAAAGAUAAAAAAGUCUCGGAAGUUUUUCCUUGUUUCAAUGUAUGGAAAGAAACGUUUCGCCAAAAAUUUUUCGAGAUUUUUCCAGCAAAAAAAGUGCUUCGAAUCGUAAAUUGUUUUGAAUUUGAGGAAGACAAAUUUCCUUCUGCGUUUGGUAUUGUAGAUAAAUCAGUCGUGUUAUUGUUGCAUUCGUGAGUAUCCAAGAGUAAGUGAUUUAUAAUUGAACGUUUGCCUUCCCAAAUUAAUAUUUUUGUAAACAUUAUUUGUACCCAGAGUUAUAUAUAUAUAUAUAUACAUAUGAAAAUGAAUUAUAUAAUGUAUAGAAGAUAUAUCUAUAUACAUGUACACAUAUAGUUACGAUAUUAUACGAAGCUGUAAUUCUACAAGUAUAUAAUUAACGGCAUAAUUAAUGCACGUGUUAAGAUGCACACCAAAUGCUCGACAUUGAGCCGUGUUAAUCCGUAUUUAAUGAUUACUAAUAAAAUGAAGUCUGCUCGAGGCCAUGAUUUUCGAGAACGUUUCGCCAUGACGUUACACGACAGCCUAAUGUUUAAUCCUAGACAGUAAAGAAAAGUUAACUUGGAUCCAGUUGCAAAACAGACAAUACGUAUCAUUAUUGUAGUAGGUCAGCAGCAAGAGAUAAUCCUGUAUGUAGGAGAGGGGUAUUAAAAGAAGAAACUAUUGCUACUUUAGUUCAUGAUUCUUUUAACUCUUGUUAACACGUUGACUGGCACAGUAGAUAUAGACAUAACAUAGAUCAGGCUUGGGAAUUAAGUGCUCUUUUCGGCCGAUUUUCAGAAAUUGCUCCCUCUUUCUCUGGCCGCGCGUCCUGGGACCCGCAACUGCACCUUAGGCGCGUGCCAUAUCGAAUACCGUCAAAGUCAAAAUUACAGAAAAAUGAUUUACAUUGUAAAUUAACAAACUAAAACGAAAAAUUGCAAGUUUUUAUUCAGAUUCAACAUGUUAAAAGAAUUUCUUUUCACUUUGUCCAACUGCUGUAUAUACGCCUGCUAUAAUUAAUAUUCACUAUAAAUAUUUACAUAUUUAUUCAGAUGGGAUGCACCAUUUACGUAAAUUAGGCGUUGACAAUAAUACAAUGGUGAGUAUAGUAUACAUUUAAUAUAGUGACUUUUAAUACAAUAUUUGUGGAAAGGAAUGAAACAUUUUCUUUGAAAAAAUAGGGGUAUUAUGUAUCAAGUCCUCUGGUAAUUUCUUCCGUUUUUUAAAUCAUUUUCACUCGACUUUAGUGCACUAUACGAAUAUAAAAAUUUUCGUACAGUCUACAUAAAUUUUCACUUAUAAAAUUAUUUACAAAGUUUCUAAAUCUAUAUUUGAACUAGUUUAAUAUACAAUUAAUGGUGUACAUAUCAGAAAAGUGAUUAGUAUAUAAGGUUGAAAGGGUUAAAAAUCCAAAUCUGUUAUUUCGAAUUACUAAUGUGAUUUUAAUAGUAUUAGUUACAACUUUAUUUUAAUUCAUAGUGACAGUCAACGUGUUAACCGAUGUUCACAGUUCAAUGUAAAAGAUUUUUUCUUAAUUCUAACUAAAAAAACAGCUAGAAAAAUUUUAUUUAGAUGUCAAUAUAGUCCUAGUUAUCAGUAGUACUUUUCAGAACAUAACUUUUCGAUAUUAUAAUACAGUCUGUAUAAUUUGAACCGACAAACUUAAUGUUGAAAUACAUAUUCAACAACAUUAUCCUUUUCCUUCCUGGAUAAUUAAAUUUAGUAUUUGUUGUAAUAUUCGACAUAUAAUAUCGUGUAACGUAUGUUUGUUAAAAAAGGAAAGGCUGAAGAUGAUGAUCGAAAAUAUCAUGUUUAAACAUCGAUGAUUUCUAAAUGAAGAUAUACAUGCAUAUACCUAUACACGAAUUUGUAUAAUAUAAGAAUUAAAUUGUAUAAAUGAUAACUAUAUACAGAAAAUACACAUAUUACAAAUAUUAAA